AAACAGUCGCGUUGGUCGACUGCUAAUUUUGUACCAUAAAAACAAAACAAGUUCAUGGUAAACUCGAUCCUAAUAUUGUAUCUAUCCAAUGUUUUGGUUGCUAGAGAUCGGUGGUUGAUAUUACUUGUAUGGGGCUAAUGUCAAAAUUCUCUCUAGAUUAGGUAUUGAAAUACAGAUAGACGAAUGUUUAGCUAGUAAAACCUGGUGUUUGUUGUGAAGUGCUUAUAAAUGUGAAAUAUCAAGAGUGUACUGGAAGAUAAUGAAAUAAUUAGCUUUUUUACUAUUCAAAAUCCUUUUUAGAAGUGGUGAAUUAUAAAGUUUCAAAAAUCGGAAUAACAAGAAGCCGUUGCCAUGGUUACCAUGAAGCUUCCAUUAGCAGUACUACUGCUAUGCAUGUCCAGUACUUGGGCAUAUAAGAUCCUAUUCGUCUUUCCUGCUGCCACGAGAUCUAAUGAUGUUCUAGGCAAAGGAGUCGUUUGGGCGCUUUUGAAGGCAGGACAUGAGGUGACAUGGGCAGCUACUUACAAGCAGGAAGCUCACCCCAACCUGACGAUUAUAGAUCUGCCAGAGGCAAAGAAGAUUGUGGACAGUUUCGAUCCAAUAAAAAUGGCGGCCGAUAACAACGUGACCAUGUCCUUCAUGAAGGAGCAUACUCUUCGUAUUUGUACGGCAACCGCGCAAAAUGCUGAGCUACGGAAAGUGCUCGUUGAGAAACAGUUCGACGCUGUCAUGACUACUUUUUAUUUGAAUGAAUAUGAUGCUGGAUACGCAGCCAUCCAGCAAGUCCCCUGGAUCUUCUUCAGCACGGUGAACUAUCAUCCGAUGCUAGAACUAAUGGUAGAUGAAGUUCGGUCUAUACCGACCACGCCUAUUAUACUGAACGAGUGUGAGACCCCCAUGAGUCUGCCGAGAAGAUGGCUUAAUGGCCUUAUGUAUAUGUUUUUAAUUGCUUAUAACUGGUAUGACCAGCCAAAUCAAGUAGCUCAAUACGAGUCCAUGUUCUCUGAACUGGCAGCCAAACGAGGAGUUCCCCUGCCCCCCUUCGAGGAAGCCAAGCAUAACGUGUCCAUACUCCUGGUGAACUCCCACGAGUCCUUGCAGAAUGGGUACAGCUCUCCUCCCAAUGUGGUGAACAUCGCUGGAUAUCAUAUUAGUGAACAUCUGGCUCCAUUGCCUAAGGACUUGCAAGAACUCAUGGACAAGUCCAAAAACGGAGUGAUCUUCUUCAGCAUGGGAUCUAUCCUGCGCGCGGCAGGGCUGGACCCUAAGAAACGCGAUGCUCUCAUCAAGAUGUUCGGGAAGCUGCCUUACACCGUGAUUUGGAAGUACGAGGAGCCUCUGGAUAACCUGCCUCCUAAUGUACACAUCAGGCCUUGGUUACCACAGCCUACCGUUCUUGCUCACAAGAACACAGUAGCCUUCAUCACCCACGGAGGUCAGUCGAGCACAGUAGAAGCUAUCCACGCGGGUAUGCCCAUGGUAGUAGUGCCGGUUGGUGGGGACCAGCACGCGAACGCCGAGAGAGCUGUCCGAAUGGGUGUCGCUUUACAAGUAGACUAUUAUAAGGAUACGUUGGCUGAUGAUCUUGAAGUGGCUGUUAAGGAGUUGCUGGGGAAUGACAAAUACCGUGAAAAAGCGAAGUUCUUGUCGAAACUAUUCCGCACUCGUCCCGUGCCGCCGGCGAAACUCAUUCCUUUCUACGUAGAACUCGCUAUUGAAACUAAAGGGGCUUACCACUUACGCUCACUAUCACUCAAAUACAGUUGGUAUGAGCGUUGGAUGCUCGACUUCGUGCUCGCUGUGCUCGGCGUGCUCGCGGCGCUCGCGUGGCUCGUCAAGCUCGCUGUCACUGCUUGCGUCAGAAGAUUUAGUGGCAAGAAGCAGAGUGCGAAUAAGAAGAAGAAGCAAUGAACAUUGUAUCGUUUUAUUUUUGUAAACAUUUUUCUAGGUACUUACCUCACGUUUUGAUGGCUGCGUUGAAAGAAUGUUGCAGAUUCGUUGCCGUUGAAAUAGAUGUGUGUGAAUAAGAUUUUAUUUAUAGUUUUACGAACUGUUAAAUGUACCAAGUAAUUGCGUUAAUGUUGGCUGAAUAAGCUGUUAAUCAGUAAGAAGGUGCUGCCAUCUAUCGGCUAAUAGUUAGACAUAUUUUGCCAGCUACAGUGAUAAUUUUAUUCUUCUACUGUUUAAAUGGACAGAGAUUAUUUGAUAUUUUAUUUAUAGUAAGCAUAUUUUUAUAAAUUCUAUUCUUCAAGGUUUGUGUGUAUAUGGGCCUUUAGUGCUUAAAAAUUUUAAAUACCUAUAUAAAUUAUACAUUUUGAUAUCAUUGUUUAGUAAAUUACUUUUUGAAUAUGA